AUGUUGAGCUCUUUCCUUUCUUUUUUCAGUAGGAUCAAAACAGUAGAUGCCAUGCUAGAACUUGAGAAACCCGACGUAAAAAAUUUUAUAUACAGAGAUGAGUUAAGUAAGAAGCCAUUUUCAAAGAAGCAAAAGAUGAAUGGCAGUACUUGCUUUGAAAGUUCAGAGUCACUGAUCAAGAGGGAAUUGGAAGAUGGGAAACUUUGUGGGGGGAGAUCAAGCUAUGGCAGUGCAGCUGAGGAGAAAGGAGAAGUGAUCAGAGUAAAGAUUAAGAUGACGAAGCAAGAAGCGGCACAAAUGCUUUCCAAGUGCAAAGAUGGAGGAGUUCUCGAAUUCAAGGAUGUAACUUGUGCGCUUGCGCAGAUUCCAACGAGUCGUGUUCGUAUUGACCCGUCACCAGCCACUUGCUGUGGUGCUGUUCCAGCAGUUCUGAAGACCAUCCCUGAAGAAUACUGA